AUGGCUUUCGUCCGCUCUAUCGGACUUUUCGUGAGUUUGGCUCUAGCUAUCACUAUUCCUCAGAUACAAUCAAUUGUGGGUAGCUACACUCUGCAAAAUCCCACAGACGAAGACAUCAAGCUUCUCACAAAGGCAGCGGGCAAUGCCAGCAUGUAUCAAGCUAAUGUGACGGCGAGGAUUUGCCUUUAUGCUGUUGAAAGUCUUCAAACGCAAGUAGUCGCAGGCAUCAAUUACAAGUUCCAGGUGGCGGGCUGCAAUGUGAUGACGGACAAAGAACUUGGCGCUUGUAUUGAUCGCAACUGCGAGCAUUUUGACUACAACAUAGUCCUCUUUUCUCAGCCUUGGACUGACACGCUUCAAGUGACUUCUAUCACUCCGGCCGACUAA